AUGCUUUCGCUCGGCGCCUGCUGCGCAGCUCUGCUGGGGCCGCCGCUGCCGCCGCGGCAUGCCGCUUCGCGCGCCGGUCCCGCCAGUAUGCGCGACUACUACUCGGUCUCACCGCGUGGUGUCCUGCUGCCUUCGAUGGACGAGCCCAAGAAGCCCGAGAUUGACCCGCGGCGCAAGGACCCGCCAGGCACGCCUGGUCCGCGGCCCGGCUUCCUGCCGCUGCCGAUGGUUGGCUCGGGUGACGACAAGAUGGACGUCAUGUCCCGGCUGCUCAAGGACCGCAUCCUGCUGCUCGGGCAGGGCGUGGACGACGAGGUGGCCAACCUGCUUGUCGCGCAGCUGCUCUACCUGGCCAACGAGGCCGCCGAGAAGGACAUCACCCUCUACAUCAACUCGCCCGGAGGCGCCCGCACCGCCGCACACCCACGCCGCCCCGGAGGAUGGCCGGUGCAUGCGGCCGAGCUCAGGGCUACUCUCUGCGCGGGGGAGGGCUGCGCGGGACACAGCCUCGCCUGCUGCUCCGUCUCGGCUGGCAUGGCCAUCUUCGACACGAUGCAGUACGUGCCGUGCGACAUCAACACGGUGUGCUUCGGCACGGCGGCGUCGAUGGGCGCGUUCCUCCUCGGCGCCGGCCAGAAGGGCAAGCGGCGCUCGCUGCCCAACUCGCGCAUCAUGAUCCACCAGCCGCUCGGAGGCGCGCAGGGCCAGGCAGCCGACAUUGAGAUCCAGGCCAAGGAGAUUCUCUUCAUCCGCGCGCUGCUCUGCGAGUACAUUGCCGACUACACAGGCCAGCCCGUGGAGGACGACUGCGACCGCGACUUCUUCAUGACGCCAGAGGAGGCCAAGGACUACGGAAUUAUCGACGAGGUGCUCGUCUCAAAGGUUCGCAUCCCCAGCGUCGCGCGGCCCGAGUUGAUGGUGGGUUGAGACGCCCUCUUGCCCGCGUCGAGCCGCAUCUCGUACCUACAGCACGCACGCCGCGGCCGCCGGAGGGGAGCGCGCGGGUGCGACCGGCUAGUGCGGCUUGGGCGCCGGUCGCGCAGCGCCCGGCGCCCUGCGCCCCACGCGGUGUGGCGGUGUAAACGAGGAGGACCACGGAAAUAUGCCGUGCGCGCUUGUAAAAGAAAGAAAAUACU